AUGCCGCAGCUGUUCGCCAUCGCCAUCCUCAAGCACAAGGGUCCCGAGACAUCUCCCACCCUUCUGAGCACUGAGUACGAGCUCAGCUCGUUCAACUUCUUCAAACGCGGCACCGUCCAGGAGCUGGUGACCUUCUUCAUAAGGCAGGUCGUGCAGCGCACGCGCCCUGGCGAGAAGAACGUCAUCGAUGAGGGCGAUUAUGUGUGCCAUGCGUACGUCAGCGGGGAGAAUCUGGCAGCAGCGGUCAUCACCGACAAGUCUUACCCAACGCGGGUGGCUCUCUCCCUGUGCGCGCUCUCGCUGUCUGAGUUCCGAAGCGCGAAUGGAGACAAGUGGGUCAACUUCAACACCGACACCCAGAUGGCGACGCCGUCGAUCAAGGAGCUCCUCACGAAGUACCAGAAGCCAGACGAAGCCGACAACAUCUCGCGCAUUCAGAAGGAACUAGACGAGGUGAAGGAGAUCCUGCACCAUUCGAUGGAAGAUCUGCUGAAUCGAGGGGAGAAGCUGGACAGCAUCAUCGAGCGAAGCGAAGAUCUGAGCGCAUCCAGCAAGCAAUUUUUGUGGCAGGCCAAGAAGACGAACCAGUGCUGCUCCUACUACUAG